CCGUGUUGUUGUUGUUUAUAUGUCGUCUCCCUCCGAACUCGCAGCGACUGUCCUCAGACACCGAAUCAGAACAUGAGCGCUCUUCCUCGGGCUCCGUAUGUGCUCCUCCUGGGCCUCCUCUGGGCCUCCCUGCCCCCGGCCUCCCCCCGCUCCUCCUGCCGGCUCCGGAUACCUCCUCACGACCAGGUGGCCCGGGUCGCCCGCUUCGUCGCCCACCAGUGUGACUGGGCCUCCAUGGCCACCAUCUCCACCCACAAGCCGGUGGUCGGCCAGCCGUUCUCCAACGCCUUCUCGGUGAGUGACGGACCAGAGGGUUCCGGGACCGGGGUGCCCUACAUGUACCUGACCCGCAUGGAGAUCUCGGUGCAGGAUCUGGAGGUGAACCCUCAGGCGUCUCUGUCCAUGUCUCUGGCUCAGACCGACUACUGCAGACAGCAGGGCUUCGACCCUCAGAGUCCUCUCUGCGCUCACAUCAUCCUGUCUGGAUCUGUGCUGCAGGUGAACGGGACGGAGGCGGAUUUCGCCAAGAAAUCUCUGUUCAGUCGACACCCGGAGAUGAUCGACUGGCCGAGCGACCACAACUGGUUCUUUUGCAAGUUCAACAUCACACAGGUGUGGGUGUUGGAUUAUUUUGGCGGGGUGAAGACUGUCACUCCGGAGGAAUACUUUCAGGCCUCGCUGCACAGGAAGCACCAUUGAUGGUCAGAGCUGCUGGUUCAUGUAGUUCUGUGUCUUCUGUUUGUAGUUCUAUGUCAUGUGGAUGACAAUGCAGCGUUAAAACUACAAUAUGAGAAACAUUUAGUGACGCAGAAAUUUAAAUCUCAAGUUUCUGUUGUUGGAAAAUGUCAAACUUUGUUGUUUUGUCAGCUGCAGUGCUGGAGUUGACCACUGGGGGGAGUCGCUGAGCUAAAAAUCAAACCCAUAAAUCUAUUGUCAUAAUCUCACUUUAAUUGGCCUUUUUUUUUUCUUUUUCUUAUGAUAAAAUGUUGAUUUCUAUGGAGGAUAGAAGCGGCUAAAAAUAGGAAUGAAUGUUUAAAAAAACAGACUCGAUAAAUACAUAAAUAUGCCAUUAAAUGUACCAAAACUAUUUAAAAUAAAUGUAGGCGUAAGUUAAUUGAUAAUUUGGCACUUUAUAUUUCUUUUUCUUUUUCUUAUUUUUUAUUUCUGUUUUUAAUUUGCUUCUUUAUUAAUUUCUCCCAAUAAUUUGAAUAUUUAAUUUGAUUUAUUUUGACAAUCUUUAUUUAUUUUCCCUUAACAUGUUCCCCCAAUUAAUUUCCCCCAAAUGUAUUUAAUUCUUUAUAUAUUUUCACAUUUUGUCAUCAACAUAAAUAUUACAUAAAUAAAUAAUAAGAAUUAAAAAUCAACAAAAUAAAAAGGAUAAUUAAAUAGGUAAAAAAAAAAAAGUAAACUAAGUAAACUUAAAAAGUAGAAACUUAAAACAGUAAUAUUGUUUCAUGACACAUUUCAUCAAUAAAUCAAUGCCUAUAUUUUUAUAUAUACACAUUUAAUGGCAAAAUAAUUCAUUUAUUGAGUUCUUUAUUCAUUUAGUUUUAGUUUUGGCAGCUUCUGCCUUCCGUAGCUCUACAGAUAAUUAAAAAACUAUUUUAUUGAGUUUACUCCCACUUAAACAGUUUGUGUGUGUGUGUGUGUGUGUGUGUGUGUGAGAGUGCGUGCGUGUGUGUGUUUGCUCUCAGCUUUAUGCUGUAGUUUUGAAAUGCUUGUUUCUGUGUCGCCUUAACGAAUCAAAAUAAUUUUAUAAUAAUAUUCUGCUUCUUCCAAAAUGAGAAAUAUAGUAAUAUAUUUUUAUGAUAACUUUGCAGUGAAAUUAUAUUUUUAAGAGAAUGUUAUCUAGUGAGUUGUGUAAAUAAAGUUUGUGCUAAAAAACAAAA